AAAGGGAGGGGGCUGGUGGGGGACGGGGAACCAAACCAUUACACGAGAGAAAUGGCAACGGAGAAGCGCCAGCGCCGCCACUCACCGCCGGCCGCCACGCCCGGCGCCUCCUCCUCCCCCUCGAACCCCGAUGCCGCCGCCGUAUCGCUCUCGCCAUCCCCCCCGCCGGACCUCGUCCCGGACAUCGCCUGCCGCCUGACCUCCCUCGAGGACUUCUUCGCCCUGCGCGCCUCCUGCCGCGCCUACCGCGCCCUCCUCCCGCCAUCCCGCGCGAUCCUCGCCUCCCAGCCUCCGCUCCUCCUCGUCGCGCUCUUCCCCUCCUUCUCCGAGGCGCUCUUCCACCUCCCGCUCCGCCGCCUACACCGAUUCCGCCUCCCCUGGGGCCAUCACCUGCCCCAAUCCCGCCACACCCUCAUCUACGCGCACGGCUUCCUCGUCACCGCCACCACCGCGUCCGCCCAGUACCCCCCGAGGCUCUUGCUCCUGCACCUCUUUUCCGGCGAGCAGCUCCGCUUCCCCAAGGUCCCCGCGCCGUUCACCCGCGUUAUCCUCUCCGACGACCUCGCGGCCGUCCUCUUCCUGCCCGGCAGGCCCACCAUUCAGCACUGCCAUCCGGGGGACGCGCUCUGGCGCGUGACCUGCGCCGAUGCGCCCCACGUGUUCCACGAUAUGCUCUUCGUCGAUGGCACCCUCUACGCGCUGCUUGGCCUCCGUCUUGCCGCAGUCGAGUUGUUAGAUAGUUCGCUGGAGUUGUCCUUUCUUGGAGAAGAGUUGGAUGACGAGAGCAGGCCGGCGGGAGACCGAUUCACGCUUGGAGAGUGCGAUGGUGAGGUGCUGCUCAUCAGUGAGGACCAAAGUGAGAUGAUAGUGUUCCGUGUGUUUCGGUGGGUGUCUGGGGAGGGGAAGUGGGUUCUGAUUAAUAGCUUGGGCGGACGGACACUCUUUCUUGGUUUCCAUGGAUUUGCGGCCUGUGUCGGUCCAGAUUUCCCAGGAAUUCGAGGCGAUUGCAUAUAUGCAGUUGGGCCGCGCUUGGGUGAAUGGCAUGAAUACUCUUUGGCUGAUGGAACGUACGAUGUUCGCUAUGCUGAGUAUCCAGGUGCAGCACCACUGAACAACAAUUCACCUGUCAGACCUCCAGUCUGGGUCUUCCCCAGCUUGUGUUGAUGCAAGCCUGAGAAUUCUUUCAGAGCUUUGUGGAACAUAUGAAUUUGGCAUGAAGUAAAGCACGGUUUGCUUUAUCUCUGAAAUUGCAGUUGCUUAAUCUUAACAUGUCAUUUCUGAUUUCUGUAAACAGUAUAUUGUUGUACCUAUGAUUACUAGAAUGACAUAUUACCAGUUAACUGUUUUUCUAUGGAGAACGGGCUAAUUGUUACUUUUUAUUGAGAUAGAGAAUACACUUGUUGAUUUGGUC